AUUCACAGAAGUUGUUCGCAUAGUAAUGCGUCGGCCUGACCUUCACCCGCCCCGCAUCCUAGGUGACGAUCACCAAUUUUUAUGCCAACACAAUUACAAUUCCAUCGAUCACGUCUAGUCCGCCCUCGACUACAUCAGGAAAGUUACAUCUAGUCUGCUUUGUCUGAUACAGUCUGCUGCAGACAAUUCAGAACAAUUCAGACAAUCCAGACAAUCCAGAUGUCUGACACUAGAUAACUUAAUGAUGGAUCAGACAAGCAGACUACUUGUAACUUUGCUGAUGUAUGGAUCAUGUUCCUCCUUGCCAUUUUGGGGCUCCGAGGUAUAUGCAUCACCUUUCAGUGGCCCGUCGCCGCUGGAAGACGCGAAACUACAAUGGCCACAUCACUUGUCACCACUGUCAAGGCCAAUACCAAUAUCAUGAUUUUACUUUUGAAAUGUAUGUUGCAUCCGGAUUCCAUAUCGUACAUCCACACCGCCAUAGGCCUUCGUCCUGAUUAUCUGGGCUCAGCCAGGAGAAGAUACGUACACCUGGUGAUUUCGUACGCCAUAAAAUCACGGCGUUCCGUUUAACAUAUCUUCACGAGUGCUUUCGGAGCCGGGACAAACGUUACGGAGCACACAUCAAAUGGGCCGUAAAUUGUGAAACUGGAG